AUGUCCGGCUACCGAGUCAACUCGGACUGGGCCAGCAUUUCAGCAACCAUUCACCUCUACAACGCCAUGCGUCACUCGGGCGUUGACACGCCAAAGAUUUCAAUCUUUGAUGAGCUCUGUCAGCUGUUUCUUGACUCCGUUUUUCGUGGAAGCUUGCCCAAUCGAAACUUUUGCUCCACAUAUCGCCGUAUCGUCUACCGCAGCAAGAUCAAUAAGGGCUCUACUUCACACGAUAAAAGAGGCACAUCCAGCCCGACCGUCGGAUUUACACAGCUACCAGAAGAUAUGGAGGUUGACUGCUUGCUCUUUGACCAACACUUCACUAAUCACGACAGAGACCCUUGGUUCCAGGGUGCAGUUCAUGGUAUUCCAUACAAGUCAGGUUCGGAGCAUAAAACAUACCGCAAGAUCGAGGAAGCCACAGCCAAAGCCAGCCCUUCCGAGCACAUGGAGAAGUCCAAAGCCAGAGUGCUUCUGGAGCCUGAUGGCCCACGUCCCAUUGCUCGAUUCAACUUUUUUGCGGUUUUUAUGCUAUGCAGCAAGUUCCUUGAAACCCUUGGCAAGCUUGGUAGACGACGCGACGAGCGAGUUGACGAAAUGGGCAUGUACACAGUACCAUAG